GAAGCCAGGAUGGGCUGUGCUGCUUCCACCGUGAACUUCCUCCCCCUGCUUUAUAAAAACAGGCCCGCCUCAGCUCCCUCAGGGCCCUGUCCACUGAGCAUCCUCCCGCCACACAGAAACCCGCCCAGCCGGGGCCACCGACCCCACCCCCUGCCUGGAAACUUAAAGGAGGCCGGAGCUGUGGGGAGCUCAGAGCUGAGAUCCUACAGGAGUCCAGGGCUGGAGAGAAAACCUCUGCGAGGAAAGGCAAGGAGCAAGCCGUGAAUUUAAGGGACGCUGUGAAGCAAUCAUGGAUGCAAUGAAGAGAGGGCUCUGCUGUGUGCUGCUGCUGUGUGGAGCAGUCUUCGCUUCGCCCAGCCAGGAAAUCCAUGCCCGAUUCAGAAGAGGAGCCAGAUCUUACCAAGUGAUCUGCAGAGAUGAAAAAACGCAGAUGAUAUACCAGCAACAUCAGUCAUGGCUGCGCCCUGUGCUCAGAAGCAACCGGGUGGAAUAUUGCUGGUGCAACAGUGGCAGGGCACAGUGCCACUCGGUGCCUGUCAAAAGUUGCAGCGAGCCAAGGUGUUUCAACGGGGGCACCUGCCAGCAGGCCCUGUACUUCUCAGAUUUCGUGUGCCAGUGCCCCGAAGGAUUUGCUGGGAAGUGCUGUGAAAUAGAUACCAGGGCCACCUGCUACGAGGACCAGGGCAUCAGCUACAGGGGCACGUGGAGCACAGCGGAGAGUGGCGCCGAGUGCACCAACUGGAACAGCAGCGCGUUGGCCCAGAAGCCCUACAGCGGGCGGAGGCCAGACGCCAUCAGGCUGGGCCUGGGGAACCACAACUACUGCAGAAACCCAGAUCGAGACUCAAAGCCCUGGUGCUACGUCUUUAAGGCGGGGAAGUACAGCUCAGAGUUCUGCAGCACCCCCGCCUGCUCCGAGGGAAACAGUGACUGCUACUUUGGGAAUGGGUUAGCCUACCGUGGCACGCACAGCCUCACCGAGUCGGGUGCCUCCUGCCUCCCGUGGAAUUCCAUGAUCCUGAUAGGCAAGGUUUACACAGCACAGAACCCCAGUGCCCAGGCACUGGGCCUGGGCAAACAUAAUUACUGCCGGAAUCCUGAUGGGGACGCCAAGCCCUGGUGUCAUGUGCUGAAGAACCGCAGGCUGACGUGGGAGUACUGUGAUGUGCCCUCCUGCUCCACCUGCGGCCUGAGACAGUACAGCCAGCCUCAGUUUCGCAUCAAAGGAGGGCUCUUCGCCGACAUCGCCUCCCACCCCUGGCAGGCUGCCAUCUUUGCCAAGCACAGGAGGUCGCCCGGAGAGCGGUUCCUGUGCGGGGGCAUACUCAUCAGCUCCUGCUGGAUUCUCUCUGCCGCCCACUGCUUCCAGGAGAGGUUUCCGCCCCACCACCUGACGGUGAUCUUGGGCAGAACAUACCGGGUGGUCCCUGGCGAGGAGGAGCAGAAAUUUGAAGUAGAAAAAUACAUUGUCCAUAAGGAAUUCGAUGAUGACACUUACGACAAUGACAUUGCGCUGCUGCAGCUGAAAUCGGAUUCGUCCCGCUGUGCCCAGGAGAGCAGCGUGGUCCGCAUUGUGUGCCUUCCCCCGGCGGACCUGCAGCUGCCGGAAUGGACGGAGUGUGAGCUCUCCGGCUACGGCAAGCAUGAGGCCUUGUCUCCUUUCUAUUCGGAGCGGCUGAAGGAGGCUCAUGUCAGACUGUACCCAUCCAGCCGCUGCACAUCACAACAUUUACUUAACAGAACGGUCACCGACAACAUGCUGUGUGCUGGAGACACUCGGAGCGGCGGGCCCCAGGCAAACUUGCAUGACGCCUGCCAGGGCGAUUCGGGAGGCCCCCUGGUGUGUCUGAACGAUGGCCGCAUGACUUUGGUGGGCAUCAUCAGCUGGGGCCUGGGCUGUGGACAGAAGGAUGUCCCAGGUGUGUACACCAAGGUUACCAACUACCUAGACUGGAUUCAUGACAACAUGUGACCGUGACCAGGAACACCCGACUCCUCAAAAGCAAAUGAGACCCCGCCUCUUCUUCUUCAGAAGACACUGCAAAGGCGGAGUGCUUCUCUACAGACUUCUCCAGACCCACCACACCGCAGAAGCGGGACGAGACCCUACAGGAGAGGGAAGAGUGCAUUUUCCCAGAUACUUCCCAUUUUGGAAGUUUUCAGGACUUGGUCUGAUUUCAGGAUACUCUGUCAGAUGGGAAGACAUGAAUGCACACUAGCCUCUCCAGGAAUGCCUCCUCCCUGGGCAGAAAGUGGCCAUGCCACCCUGUUUUCAGCUAAAGCCCAACCUCCUGACCUGUCACCGUGAGCAGCUUUGGAAACAGGACCACAAAAAUAAAAGCAUGUCUCAAUAGUAAAAGAUAACAAGAUCUUUCAGGAAAGACGGAUUGCAUUAGAAAUAGACAGUAUAUUUAUAGUCACAAGAGCCCAGCAGGGCCUCAAAGUUGGGGCAGGCUGGCCGGCCCGUCAUGUUCCUCAAAAGCACCCUUGACAUCAAGUCUCCUUCCCCUUUCCCCACUCCCCGGCUCUCAGAAGGUAUUCCUUUUGUGUACAGUGUGUAAAGUGUAAAUCCUUUUUCUUUAUAAACUUUAGAGUAGCUUGAGAGAAUUGUAUCAUUUGAACAACUAGACUUCAGCAUAUUUAUAGCAAUCCAUGUUAGUUUUUACUUUCUAUUGCCACAACCCUGUUUUAUACUGUACUUAAUAAAUUCUGAUAUAUUUUUCACGGUUUUUCCAAAA